AUGGAGAUUGCUAGGAGUAAAAAGGGAAUUUCAGUUUCACAAAGAAAAUAUGUUCUAGAUUUACUGAAGGAGAUAGGUAUGCUAGGUUGCAAGCCAGUUGAGACUCCCAUUGAACCAAAUUUGAAAUUUGAGGAAAUGAGUUGUGUUGCUCUGGUUGAUAAAGGUAGGUAUCAAAGGCUGGUUGGGAAGUUGAUAUACCUAUCUCAUACUAGACCUGACUUAGCCUUUCCGGUGAGCGUAGUGAGUCAGCAUAUGCAUAACCCACAAGAGAAGCAUUUUGGGGCUGUGAGUAAGAUUCUAAGGUACCUUAAAAUGACCCUUGGGAAAGGGCUAUUUCUUGGUAAAAAGAAUGAAAGGAAAGUAGAAGCAUUCACGAAUUCGGAUUGUGCUGGUUCUGUGGAUGGUAGAAGAUUGACUUUAGGUUAUUGCACUUUUGUUUUGGGAAAUUUAGUAACCUGGAGAAGUAAGAAGCAGAACGUGGUAGCUAGAAGUAGUGCUGAGGCUGAGUUUCAUGCUAUGGCUCAUGGAUUUGUGAACUAA